AUGAAAAAUCGAGAAGUUUGCAACACCCAGAAGAUAGUUCUUCUUGGUGCUGCAUCAGCUGGAAAAACUUCACUUGUAUUUAGAUUUGCACAUGAUAGAUUCCUUCCAAACUCUGAAAGCACAAUUGGUGCAGCUUUCGUAACAAAAUCAGUUAUUAUUAAUAAUAACGAAGUUAAACUCGAAAUUUGGGAUACCGGAGGCUCCGAGAAGUACAGAUCACUAGCACCUAUGUAUUAUCGUGAUGCUGCAGCGGCUAUCAUUGUUUUUGAUGUAACGACCGAAACAAGUUUAGACGAUGCAGCUUCUUGGCUAGAUGAGCUGAAGAAGAAUGGACCGCAGGAAGUAUUUCUUGCUCUUGCUGCAAACAAAACAGAUUUAGCAUCAAUUAGAAAAAUUUCAUCAGAGACCAUUCAAGAUUUUGCAAAUAAAAAUGGUAUUAAAAUAGUAUACGAAACAUCAGCAUUGACAGGAUCUAAUGUUAUACAGCUUUUCGAAGAUGUUACAAAGCAAGUUGAUAAAUUCAUGGCAGAAAAUCCAACUUUGAAGAGACCGUCAAAAGAAGUUCUCGAUUUACUCCAAGGAGACGAUACUCCUACAAAGAAAAGUUCAUGCUGCUAA